UUUACAAACUACUUAAGAAACGCUUAAAAAUACAAAGACUAUAAAAGAACACUUCAAUAUUCUGACUACUUUGUACAUCGCAAUCCCAUUGUACAUAUUUCAGAGCAGUUGUGGAUGUGGGUCUUUUCCCCCCACGAUGAUGACCAGUGGCCUCUGGACCGUUCCCGGGCAGCGCUCCGUGAAAACUCUUCGCAAGCCGGCGGUGUCCACCGGCUACGGGGCAAACUGCGGGGAUCAAGCGGCGGCUCCGCGGGGAUGGGACCGUGCCCGGCGGAGCGGAGCCGGGCGGAGCCGUCCCGGCGCUGCGGAGCGCCCGGGGCUGCGGCAGGGAGCGCAGGGGGAGCGCCCGGGGGUCCCGGCGGGGCUGCGCGCCCGCUCCCCUCGCGUUCUCCGCCCGGGGACGGCCGGAGGCCAGCGGAGAGAGGCAGCGCCGUCCCGGAGCGUGUGCGGCGGGGCCUCCGCACCUGCCGCGCCGAGCCCCCGCCCCGCGGAGCUGCGGGAACAGCGCGGAGGGCUCCGCACGGGCUCCUCAGGUGCCGGAGAACCCCCUCUUCCCGUGAUACGCGCCUAGGGAGCCUGGGUGCCAGUCCCGGCAGCGCAUCGGCGCCCGCACCGGGGUGCCUUUUGCCGGUAAAACCAGUAAGAUCACCGAACACAGACCCCUCAAGCCAGGCAAGCACGAAAAACGUUGAGGGAUACUCUGAAAUAUGAAGGGCUUGCCAUUCUGCCAAGGGCUGAGUGCAUUGAUUAUGUUAAUGCAGAAGGGAAGAAAGAUGUGACACUGCAGAAAUGAUGCAUAAGAGAAAAAUCAAAUUCAUGGAGCUGUUUUGCAGGUAGUUAAGAGGAAGAGGGCAGAUUCCUUCUCCAGAAUCAUCCUCAAUAACCUGUAUCUGCACAGGAUUUGGGAUUAGAAGUUACUCCCUGGAAGAUGAACAAAUGAGGCAAAUAAUUCCUGUUUAUUUAACUCUUCUUCAUCUCUACCCAAAAUAUGUAAGAAGAAACUGAAAGAUAAAAAACAAAUAACAGGAAAAAGGAAGGCGUUAUCAAAACUCUGCCUUUUAGUUUUUUUUUUUUUUCCACACUAGUUUUAGUUUUAGUUUUCCCUUUUGAUUUUCAUACAC